GCUGCUCUCGGCUUGCCCUGCCUGCCCGGUGCCUGCCUUGGUGGAGUGUGUGAGUCCGGGGCCGGGGACUGGAGGAGGCAGCAGCCACACGGCGCGCACACGCGCACGUUCAGAGGAGGGCGAGAGGCAGAGGCACCUCCAUCUGCAGUGUUAAUGCGGCGCUCGGGCUGAACGCGGAGGGAAAACGCCGCCGCGCUCUCCCAGGGGACACUGCCCUGCCGAGUCAGUCCUGGCCAGAGUGCUGCUGUGUUGGCGGGAGCCAUCCUUGAAAUGAAAGCUAUGCCUUGGAACUGGACUUGCCUGCUCUCCCACCUGCUGGUGGUAGGCAUGGGUUCCUCCACUCUGCUCGCCCGGCAGCAGCCCCCACCGCCCCAGAAACGGUCAUUUAUCACGUUCCGAGGGGAGCCCGCCGAGGGCUUCAAUCACCUGGUGGUGGAUGAGAGGACAGGGAACAUUUACUUGGGGGCCGUCAACCGGAUCUACAAACUCUCCAGUGACCUGAAGGUCUUGGUGACUCAUCAGACGGGGCCGGAUGACGACAACCCCAAGUGUUACCCACCCCGCAUUGUCCAGACGUGCAAUGAGCCGCUGACCACUACCAAUAACGUCAACAAGAUGCUCCUCAUAGACUACAAGGAGAACCGAUUGAUUGCCUGCGGGAGCCUGUACCAGGGCAUCUGCAAGCUCCUGAGGCUAGAGGACCUCUUUAAAUUGGGGGAGCCCUUUCACAAGAAGGAGCACUACCUUUCGGGGGUCAACGAGAGCGGCUCGGUGUUUGGGGUGAUCGUCUCCUACAGCAACUUAGACGACAAGCUCUUCAUUGCUACGGCAGUGGAUGGCAAGCCUGAAUAUUUUCCUACCAUCUCCAGCCGGAAGCUAACCAAGAACUCCGAAGCGGACGGCAUGUUUGCUUACGUUUUCCACGACGAGUUUGUAGCUUCCAUGAUUAAGAUCCCUUCGGACACGUUCACGGUCAUCCCUGACUUUGAUAUCUACUACGUCUAUGGUUUUAGCAGUGGGAACUUCGUCUACUUUUUGACGCUUCAACCCGAGAUGGUGUCUCCCCCAGGUUCUACAACAAAGGAGCAGGUGUACACAUCCAAGCUCGUGAGGCUUUGCAAGGAGGACACAGCCUUCAACUCCUACGUGGAGGUGCCCAUUGGCUGUGAGCGCAACGGGGUGGAGUACCGCCUGCUGCAGGCAGCCUACUUGUCCAAAGCUGGGGCCGUGCUUGGCGGGACCCUGGGAGUCCGUCCGGACGACGACCUCCUCUUCACCGUCUUCUCCAAGGGCCAGAAGCGGAAGAUGAAAUCUCUGGAUGAGUCGGCUCUGUGCAUCUUCAUCCUGAAGCAGAUCAACGACCGCAUUAAGGAGCGCCUACAGUCCUGCUACCGGGGCGAAGGCACGCUGGACCUGGCCUGGCUCAAGGUGAAGGACAUCCCUUGUAGCAGCGCGCUCCUGACCAUUGACGAUAACUUCUGUGGCUUGGAUAUGAACGCGCCCCUGGGAGUGUCCGAGAUGGUGCGUGGUAUUCCCGUCUUCACGGAGGACAGGGACCGCAUGACUUCUGUUAUUGCCUAUGUCUACAAGAACCACUCUCUGGCCUUCGUGGGCACCAAAAGUGGCAAGCUAAAGAAGAUUCGGGUGGAUGGGCCCACGGGCAAUGCCCUCCAGUAUGAGACAGUGCAGGUGGUGGAACCAGGUCCAGUUCUCCGAGACAUGGCCUUCUCCAAGGACCACGAGCAACUCUACAUCAUGUCAGAAAGGCAGCUCACCAGAGUCCCCGUGGAGUCCUGCGGACAGUAUCGGAGCUGUAGCGAGUGCCUUGGCUCUGGUGAUCCCCACUGUGGCUGGUGUGUGCUUCACAACACGUGUACCCGGAAGGAACGGUGUGAACGCUCCAGGGAAGCCCGCAGGUUCGCCUCAGAGAUGAAGCAAUGCGUCCGGCUGACUGUCCAUCCCAACAACAUCUCCGUCUCUCAGUACAACGUGCUGCUGGUCCUGGAGACAUUCAAUGUCCCCGAGCUGUCAGCAGGUGUCAGCUGCACCUUUGAGGACCUGUCAGAGAUGGAUGGGCUGGUGAUCGGCAAUCAGAUUCAGUGUUACUCUCCUGCAGCCAAGGAGGUGCCCCAGAUCAUCACAGAGAACGGGGACCACCAUGUGGUACAGCUACAACUCAAGUCCAAGGAGACGGGCAUGACUUUCGCCAGCACGAGCUUUGUCUUCUACAACUGCAGCGUCCACAACUCGUGUCUGUCAUGCGUGGAGAGCCCAUACCGCUGCCACUGGUGUAAAUACCGGCACGUCUGCACCCACGACCCCAAGACAUGCUCCUUCCAGGAAGGCCGAGUGAAGCUGCCUGAGGACUGCCCCCAGCUGCUGCGAGUGGACAAGAUUCUGGUACCUGUGGAGGUGAUCAAGCCCAUCACUCUGAAAGCCAAGAAUCUCCCACAGCCCCAGUCCGGGCAGCGGGGCUACGAGUGUAUCCUGAACAUCCAGGGCAGUGAGCAGAGGGUGCCGGCCCUGCGUUUCAACAGCUCCAGCGUGCAGUGUCAGAACACCUCUUAUUCCUACGAAGGGACAGAGAUCAACAACCUGCCGGUGGAGUUGACGGUCGUGUGGAACGGACACUUCAACAUUGACAACCCGGCUCAGAAUAAAGUUUACCUCUACAAGUGUGGCGCCAUGCGUGAGAGCUGCGGGCUGUGCCUCAAAGCCGACCCAGACUUCGAGUGUGGCUGGUGCCAGAGCCCCGGCCAGUGUACCCUGCGCCAGCACUGUCCUGCCCAUGAGAGCAGGUGGCUGGAGCUGUCAGGUGCCAACAGCAAGUGCACCAACCCUCGCAUCACAGAGAUUAUUCCAGUGACAGGUCCCCGGGAAGGGGGCACCAAGGUCACCAUUCGAGGGGAGAAUCUGGGCCUGGAAUUUCGGGACAUCGCCUCGCACGUCAAGGUGGCAGGUGUGGAAUGCAGCCCCUUGGUAGAUGGUUACAUCCCUGCGGAACAGAUCGUAUGUGAGAUGGGAGAAGCCAAGCCCAGCCAGCACGCGGGCUUCGUGGAGAUCUGUGUGGCCGUGUGUCGACCUGAGUUCAUGGCCCGCUCCUCGCAGCUCUAUUACUUCAUGACGCUGACUCUCUUAGAUCUGAAGCCCAACCGGGGGCCCAUGUCUGGGGGCACGCAGGUGACCAUCACAGGCACCAACCUGAAUGCGGGCAGCAACGUGGUGGUGACGUUUGGGAAACAGCCCUGUCUCUUCCACAGGCGCUCUCCAUCUUACAUCGUCUGUAACACCACGUCCUCAGAUGAGAUGCUGGACAUGAAGGUGACAGUGCAAGUGGACAGGGCCAGGAUCCGCCAGGACCUGGUCUUCCAGUACGUGGAGGACCCCACCAUUGUGCGCAUUGAGCCAGAGUGGAGCAUCGUCAGUGGAAACACACCUAUUGCCGUGUGGGGGACUCACCUGGACCUCAUACAGAACCCACAGAUUCGUGCCAAGCAUGGAGGCAAAGAGCACAUCAAUAUCUGCGAGGUUCUGAACUCCACGGAGAUGACCUGCCAGGCUCCAGCCCUCACUCUGGGUCCUGACCACCAGUCAGACCUCACAGAGAGACCUGAAGAGUUUGGCUUCAUCUUGGACAAUGUCCAGUCUCUGCUCAUUCUCAACAAGACCAACUUUACCUACUAUCCCAACCCUGUUUUUGAGGCCUUUGGUCCCUCAGGAAUCCUGGAGCUCAAGCCUGGCACCCCCAUCAUUCUAAAGGGCAAGAACCUGAUCCCACCAGUAGCCGGGGGCAACGUGAAGCUGAACUACACCGUGCUGGUUGGGGAGAAGCCCUGCACUGUGACCGUGUCAGAUGUGCAGCUGCUGUGCGAGUCCCCCAACCUCAUUGGCCGGCACAAAGUGAUGGCCCGCGUGGGUGGCAUGGAGUACUCCCCGGGAAUGGUGUACAUCGCUCCAGACAGCCCUCUCAGCCUGCCCGCCAUCGUCAGCAUCGCCGUGGCUGGGGGCCUCCUCAUCAUCUUCAUCGUGGCCGUGCUCAUCGCCUAUAAACGCAAGUCUCGCGAGAGUGACCUCACGCUGAAGAGGUUGCAAAUGCAGAUGGACAACCUGGAGUCCCGCGUGGCCCUGGAGUGCAAGGAAGCUUUUGCUGAGCUACAGACGGACAUCCAUGAGUUGACCAGUGACCUGGAUGGAGCUGGGAUUCCUUUCCUGGACUACAGAACCUAUACCAUGAGGGUGUUGUUCCCAGGGAUCGAAGAUCACCCUGUGCUCCGGGACCUUGAGGUCCCUGGCUACCGGCAGGAGCGUGUGGAGAAAGGCCUGAAGCUCUUCGCCCAGCUCAUCAACAACAAGGUGUUCCUUCUGUCCUUCAUCCGCACACUCGAGUCGCAGCGCAGCUUCUCCAUGCGCGACCGCGGCAACGUGGCCUCGCUCAUCAUGACCGUGCUGCAGAGCAAGCUGGAGUACGCCACCGACGUGCUGAAGCAAUUGCUAGCUGACCUCAUCGACAAGAACCUGGAGAGCAAGAACCACCCCAAGCUGUUGCUCAGAAGGACAGAGUCGGUGGCUGAGAAGAUGUUGACCAAUUGGUUUACUUUCCUCCUCUACAAGUUCCUUAAGGAGUGUGCUGGGGAGCCCCUCUUCUCCCUGUUCUGCGCCAUCAAGCAGCAGAUGGAGAAGGGCCCCAUUGAUGCCAUCACGGGUGAGGCCCGCUACUCCUUGAGUGAAGACAAACUCAUCCGACAGCAGAUCGAAUACAAGACCCUGGUCCUGAGCUGUGUGAGCCCCGACAACAUCAACAGCCCCGAGGUCCCAGUGAAGAUCCUCAACUGUGACACCAUCACUCAGGUCAAAGAGAAGAUCCUGGACGCCAUCUUCAAGAACGUGCCUUACUCCCACCGGCCCAAGGCUGCGGACAUGGACCUGGAGUGGCGGCAAGGAAGCGGGGCAAGGAUGAUCCUGCAGGACGAAGACAUCACCACCAAGAUUGAGAAUGACUGGAAGAGACUCAACACGCUGGCCCACUACCAGGUUCCAGAUGGUUCUGUGGUGGCCUUAGUGUCUAAACAAGUGACGGCCUAUAACGCUGUGAACAAUUCCACGGUCUCCCGGACCUCAGCGAGCAAAUACGAAAACAUGAUCCGGUACACCGGCAGCCCAGACAGCCUCCGCUCUCGAACACCCAUGAUCACCCCUGACCUGGAAAGUGGUGUCAAACUGUGGCAUCUGGUGAAAAACCAUGAACAUGGGGACCAGAAGGAAGGUGACAGGGGAAGCAAGAUGGUGUCUGAAAUCUAUCUGACGCGACUACUGGCCACAAAGGGCACGCUGCAGAAGUUCGUAGACGACCUCUUCGAGACCAUCUUCAGCACGGCCCACCGUGGCUCCGCCCUGCCCCUUGCCAUCAAGUACAUGUUUGACUUUCUCGAUGAGCAAGCCGAUAAACAUGGCAUUCACGACCCCCACGUCCGUCACACCUGGAAGAGCAACUGCCUCCCCCUGCGGUUCUGGGUGAACAUGAUCAAGAACCCGCAGUUCGUGUUCGACAUUCACAAGAACAGCAUUACGGACGCCUGCCUCUCUGUGGUGGCGCAGACCUUCAUGGACUCCUGCUCCACGUCAGAACACCGGUUGGGCAAGGACUCGCCCUCCAACAAGCUGCUGUAUGCCAAGGACAUCCCCAGCUACAAGAACUGGGUGGAGAGGUAUUACUCAGACAUCGGGAAGAUGCCGGCGAUCAGCGACCAGGACAUGAACGCGUACCUGGCGGAGCAGUCGCGGAUGCACACGAAUGAGUUCAAUACAAUGAGUGCACUCUCCGAGAUCUUUUCCUAUGUGGGCAAAUAUAGCGAGGAGAUCCUUGGACCCUUGGACCACGACGACCAAUGUGGGAAGCAGAAACUGGCCUACAAACUAGAACAAGUCAUAACCCUCAUGAGCUUAGACAGCUGAGAACCGUCCUUCCAGGGCCGCCCUGGAGGGAGGGACACACCAAGCCGUGCCUCAGUCUAUAGAUCAUCAUCUUUACCAAGUGCAAGUUCCGACAGGCAUCAGCAGCGUUCCCUAAGCAGCGUUGUCUCUCCUCUACCCCCCUCCCUGCCUCUGUUAUCUCUCCCUCCUUCCUGGAUCCCGUCUCUUGCGGUCGCUCUGCUUUCAAACAAGCCACUGACCUUCAGUCAAUCCAGGGUGGCCAGACCUAUGACAAGGGAUCUGACCAGAAGGUUCCAGAGCAGGGCUGUCUUUUUUUUUUUUUUUUCCAGCUGCUUCUAAUCCCACACAGCAUCAGCAGGAACCGCAUCUAGAUGAGGAGCUGUGAACAGAGAAUGUCUCCUAUGCUGCUAUUUCAGCUUCUGCUUAGAGAAUCCCCACUGUGGUCCGAAACUUGGCUGAGGGAAACAGCUCUGAGUUCAGUAUUACCUGAAGUGGGAAACAUCGGCUGGCUCUCCCUUUCCCCACACUCCCGACUCCAAGGGGCCAGGCAGUGGCCUGGGUGCUUUACUACUGUGAGAAGAAAGGUCUUACUGCCUGCACAGGUUGGAGUGGGGACCUGUACGUGUUGGGAGACGCUCUCUGGGGCUUCCUUCCACCUGUUGGUAUCCAGAGGCCUCCUGUCCUCUUCCAGUUUCCUCGGAGGCCUUCCAAGCAUCGAUAUAGACCUGCCUGUCCCAGCCUCCUCUCUUCACCUGUGGAAAGUCAGGCAGGGGAAAGAUAGCAGUUUACAUUCCACCACGGAGAUGCGCCUGCGUCAUCUAACCUGGCUCCUGUCAGUGUAACAUGGGGAAAAGGAAAAAGAGUCACCUCCGUUCCAGAAGUGGCAUUUGUUCUCCAUCUACCACCACGUUCAAACGCAUGGUGACCAUAAUCGCAGAGUCAUCGCCAGAGAGCCUCGAGCGCUAUCUAGAUGUGGCCUCUCUGCUGUCCUGUGUCAUCAACAUCAAGGGUCACUACGCAAUGCAGAGGGCAUUCAGGAGAUUCUCCAAGGCUCCAUCUCCACCAUCUCUGAGACCUCUGCAGAAGGCUGGGACAGAUAGGCCAGGCCCUGUCCUCCCCAAAGAAUCCGGUGCCAUUGCUAUGCAGAUGGCUUUGUCACCGGACUGUCCAAACCUCCUUCGUCAACAUCUCAGCCAUUCUCAUUCAUCUCUUCAGCAGUUGUCUUUGGAAGACACAUACUCAAACAGAGCCUCCCACGACCCACCGAGAUGCCAGCCAAACUCAGCCCCCAGCUCUUGUGUCUGGGAGGGACUGGACAGCCAGGCUGAGGGACUUGAUUGGCUACGGAGGGAGGUGAAACCAACUGACCGUGGCCCUGGCAUUCAUCUUUCCAUCUGUCCUUCCGUCUGCAGAUAUGCCAUUUUGUUUUCGCCGGUCAGGCAAACGUGUGAUCAGAAACAGGUACCCAGUGAACAAGAAAUGGUCCAGUAGUGGGUCCUAGGAACCCAUCCUACAUCUUGCCUUCACGCGCUCCCAAGUACCAGAUAUUGUUCCCGACCACCUGCUCGAGAUGAGCCUUCCAUCUCAUGGAGAAGGAACCAUGGUGUUUUUAGCAAAAAUCUAUGUCAUCUUGCAUUUUUAAGAACACUAGCCCCUUGGGAGAGAGAAAGAAAAAGAAAGAAAGAAAGAAAGAAAGAAAGAAAGAAAGAAAGAAAGAAAGAAAGGAAGGAAGGAAGGAAGGAAGGAAGGAAGGAAGGAAGGAAGGAAGGAAGGAAGAGAGAUUCAGCCAGGUGCUCCAAAAGAUUUCCUUGUCUCGUUCUGUGUAGAAGGGUUUUGAAGUGGUUUUGUACCUCAUGAUCAUCCAUCCAUCCAUCCUGCAGCUUCAGGACAUUUCAACGCGUGCUUUCUGUACUGAGUGCUAGUGUGCGGGAAGAGAAGUCACCCAUCCAAAGGAAAUCAGGGUCACCUGCCAAGGCCUGAACUUUGGUGACCAAGAGCAGAGGCGUCUUGUGGCAGUGCAAGUGAAUAAAUGCAAAGAUAUACCAACCUAACAGGCAAGAACAAGAGAAUGGACAAAGAUGCACUUGAAAAGGAAAAUAUAAAUAAUAACAAAACAACAACAACAAAAAAAACACCAAAGCUUUUGGCAAACGAAGUACCAG